UAUACUGGGUAUUCAAUUACAGUGAGGAAUUUCACACAAUUGAGCUAUAGCCAUCAUGUUACCUUCCAAGAAAGCAGUAGUAGCUCAGUUGUGAUAUUAUGCUCAAAUAAUGGCUCUGAAGUACAGCUUUGUAAUAUGUUUGCUUUUCUAUUGUAGAAAUACAUAUAGCCAGUUUCCAGCAGUUUGCAAUACUCAAGAAAAUCUGCAAUCCAAAACCUGUUGCCCAAAUGUUUGUGGAGGACCUACCAGAGGAAUCUGCACCAACUUUACUAAAGAAAUUACCUCCCAAUGGGGAAAAGCUUCUCCUGACAUUGUAAACGUAAUGCGUGAUUCUCCUAAUAAUCCACUGAAAGGGUCUGUUGAUUCUCGUUUUCUUUGGCCAACUCUUGUUUUUGACACGUUUUGUAAUUGUAGUGGCAAGUUUGGUGGCUACGACUGUAUGGAGUGUGAAUUUGGUUGGACAGGAGAAGAUUGUCAAACACGAAAGACACCUGUUGUGCGUCAUAGUUUCCAUAGCCUGUCAGACAUAAAAAAGAAAGAGUUUGUUGAAGCUACAUUACUGUUAAAGAAUGAAAUAGGACAAUGGAGUGUUAUUGUAGAGGAACCUGCUAACUAUUCAAGUAACCCCGCCACACUACAGAAUGUCAGUACCUAUGAUUUCUUCACUUUCUUGCACUACUUUGCCACGAAAGGAUCAGAAGUAAAUUCGAAAUGUAAAAAACUAUUACACCAGGACCUUGCUAUUGACUUUGCCCAUGAUGGCCCUGUUUUCCCUGUUUGGCACAGACGAUACUUGCUAACUGUUGAGAAAGAGUUUCAACGAAUAAUGAAUAACCAAUUGUUUGGGCUCCCUUAUUGGCCAUGGGAACAAAACGAUAAAUCUCCAUUUGACAAAAAGUACUAUGGCAUACCAUCCAGCACUCCAGUUGGUAAAAAUGUAACUGGUGACUCAAUCAAUUCUGCCAAGUGGAAUACCAUUUGUGAUCAAAAUUGGUGGAACUUAAGCCGAUCUGAUGACUGUGCUCUAGAAUGGAAAGUUUGCAAUCCAGCGAUAGAAUUACAAUCGGCUAGAUCGUUACAAAGAGGGCAAACUAACCUCAACUUUACUUAUCUUCCCCACCUGCUUGAAGUAAAAAUGGCUCUUGCUGCUCCAUUGUAUGAUGUUCCUGAUUCCAAUGGUAUUUAUAGUGAAAAUAGUCCUCGUUCUAGCUUCAGAAAUCGAUUGGAAGGAUGGAUCCAGAUUUGUUCAGCAGUAAAUUGUGUUGGAAGACGUGGACCCACUUGUAUGCAUAACACUAUCCACACUUGGGUUGGUGGUCACAUGUACGCUCGGUCUUCAACAAUUAAUGAUCCCGUAUUCAAUAUUCACCACUGCAACACCGAUCGCAUUUUUGAGAGCUGGAUAAAGCGAUUCAAUGCAUCCAGUCUCCCACCUUAUGUUCCUGAGCAGGGUGGGCAUCCUGGAAAGAACAAAGAUGACUACAUUGUACCUUUCUUUCCAGUAAUAAAAGCUGGCAAACAAUACUCCAACCGAGGCUCUGAAGAAUGGGGUUACGUGUAUGAUGAGUUAGUUGUUGCGGACAUUGAUGACAAAACAAUUUUAGACUGCAGCAUGGACAUACGCAGUUGUCUUCGCUGUGAUGCUAACGGAACAUGCACAUCGCCCUGGGGCUGUAGCAAUCAAACCUGCCCUUCACCAGUCAUAGCAUCAAUUCAGGGUGAGGAGGAGGCCACUGAUAUUACUGUAACAUUGAAUGAUGAUGAUGCACUUGCAUUGGGUUUGGGUCUUGGAUUAGGACUCAGGUUUCCAUUAAUCAUCAUUAUGAUUUUUAUUAUUGGCUCAAUAGUGAAAAUGAUUCGAUCAAGGAGACAUAGCGGACAGAGUGUGGUAACACCACUUUUACGUCGAAAUGGAGAGACAAAUUGAGUGUAAUGUCGUAAUUAAUUUGUGAGCAUUGCCAUAUAAUCACCUCUGUACAGUAUUUACAUAUAUAUAGACGUAAAUGCGUUAGCUUCUUAUUUAUUUUUGUUCCUAACCUAGCUAGAUCUAUACAUGAUUAGCCUAUUAUACAUGUUUACUGUUUCACGCUUGUAUUAAUAUCCCUGUACGUUCGGUAUAAAACAGGAAGGUUUGCAUUGAUGUCAGCUGCUUCAA